AUGAAGCCCAACAAGAGGAGCAGGAUUUCGCACGACAACAUUUCUCCCACUGUAGAAAGCAAUUUCGAUCAUCUUCCUGAUGAGCUUGUUGUAUCCAUUCUUGCCUCUCUCUCUUCCUCUGCCAACACACCUGCAGACCUCGCCGGCGCUAUGAUGACAGACAGGAGGUUCAGGCAGCUUGCACAUAGCAAACUCGUUUUAAAGAAGGCCUCCAUGGGUUGCCUAGCUGUCCGAGCAAAAAACUGGUCAGAGGCAGCCGACAGGUUCCUACAGAGAUGUGCAGAUGCAGGCAACCUCGAAGCAUCAUACAUCCUUGGAAUGAUCAGGUUUUACUGCGCGCGUAGCCGCAGAACCGGCGCAGCUUUGAUUGUUUCCGCUGCUAAUGGUGGGCACCUGGAAGCCAUUUUUUCACUGGCUGUAAUACAGUUCAACGGUAGCGGUGUCAGCAAACAAGACCGCGACCUUACUCUCGGCGCAGGUCUGUGCGCACGCGCAGCAAGGCUAGGGCACGUCGAUGCAACACGAGAGCUCGGCCAUUGCUUGCUUGAUGGAUACGGUGUAACCAGCGCCCCUAUAAAUGGUCGACUUCUUCUUCAACGCGCAAAGCAGCGUGACGCCGAGAACGAACGACAGCAGGCAAGUCUCGGCACCCUACACCAGAAGACGCACCAUGCAAACACUUUCCUAUCUGAAUGGUUUUCGCAGACCCCGGAAGCACGGAACGCAGCACACUGCAGCGAUAAAUCACCUAUAGAAGAAAUCGGAGACAUGCGGCUUUGCUCCAACGCUCUUUGCGGUAGACAGGAGACAAGGCUCCACGAGUUCAGGCGAUGCUCUGCAUGUGCGUCAGCAUAUUACUGCUCCCGUGCGUGCCAGGCUGCGGACUGGAAAAUGGGGCACCGUACCUCCUGCAUGCCAAGAAACCAGGAGAUCAACCCCCACGGUAACCAGAAUCAUGUUCAAGAAGGACAGCCGGAAUGA